UUCAAAGACAUCUAUUUUUCGUCGUUCUUUUUUAAUCCAGUUUUCUUCCGUUCUUUCUCUCUAUUCUGUUCCUUUUCCGAUCUCUGACCUUUUCCGGUCAAAUCAGGGCAACAAAUUAGUCAGUUCUCCGGAGACUCUUUUCUUGAUACAAAUCAAAUCCAAUGGAGACCCCAUCAUCAACCAGAAGAGUCACAAGGUCCCAGGCUUUGGCUUCUCAUGUAAACUACGACAACAAUAGCAGCGGCAUUCCCAUCUCAAGGAAGAUUGAAGAUUCUGAAAUCUCAAAAUCGAGGCAAAGAAAAGUGAAACAACAAGAAGAUCGGUCGGCGCUGAUUGAUAUAACUAAUGACUCUCCGAUAGUUGGGCUUGCGAUGGGGAGCUUGGAGACCCCAUCAUCAGCCAUAGCCAAGCUAAGGAGCAGCCGAGCCAAUAAUAAAACGCCUGGGACGGGAGAGGCCUUACUUAGGGGUCAGGUCAAGACCCUCUUGCAGAGGGUGGAAGAAGAGGCUGAGCUUUCGAAGAUCUCGCUGGAAAGCCGUCCCUUUAUUCAUCUCAAAGGCUUUGUAAACUCACCGGCCGGACUUCUUGCCCCAACCCCGGCGAACACCCCCCAAAUAUCAAGUCUCUCUAGCAACAACGGUGAUUUGGCUUCUGCUGUGCCGUCUCCUGUUGUCGAAGAACAAUUGAUUUCUCAGGUUAUCAGUAAUAUAUUCGACGGAAAGAAGCAAGAGAGUCUUGAAACCGAAAAGAUUCUGAUAACGAGGUCAUUACUGCUGGAUUUCUCUGAGAAGUCUGAAAACUCUGAUUCAUCAGAGUGUACCUCAGGGCUUAGUUACCAAGCGGGAGGAGGAGAGAGUUAUGACAAAGAGAAGUCAUGGGCUGAAGAUGAUGACGCUUCAGUCUGGUCUAUCCAGGUCAAUGCAAGUAGUACCCAUGAUGAAGAUGAGGAAGAAGGAGAAGAAGAAAGCUAUUAUGAUGAAGAAGAAGACGAUGAAAUUGAUCAGGAAGAAGGCGAUGAUGAUGAUGGAGGACUGGUGGAUGAACUGUGUGAGGGAAUUAGCAACAUUUUCGUGGAUGGUAGUAGUAAUGAGAAGAGAAUUGCUCCCAAGUUUGAAGGAAAACACACGAGGUUUGUAUACGACAGUGAAGAUGAGCUUGUUGGAGCAGAAGAGGAGUGUGCGAAAAAGAGUGAGGAUUCACCGAGUAAACUGCGGUUGAAGGGCUUGCCCACACCAAAAGGGAAGCACCUGCGUUUCCCAGUGCACGAGGAGGAAGGAGGAGAAGAUAACUGAAGUGCUGCUGGAGGCUUUUUUUUUUUUUUUAAAUGAUGAUUGCUAAGGCUGGCUGGCUGUCUUUCUUGACACCAAAACCAUAUUUGGGGAUAUUUGUAGGCUUUUUUGUUCUCCUUUCGACUUGAAGGCUGGUUAUAAAUUUUUCUUAUUGUUCGGGAUUUUGCGGAUGUUUGAAUAAAAAAAGUUCACUCCAUCAAA